CCUUCUUUAACAUGGAAAUUCGCAAAUUGUCAUCAAUUAGGCACAAAACUGGAACAGGAACAGUGAAUUCACAGUAGAACCUAGACUCCCUACGUGGCACAAUCCCAGUGGCCCAGUUAACGCUAGGAGUGUAUCCAGCCAUUGAUUCAAUUUCACUGUGAAAAUUAAAUACAGAACUCUGAGCGUGAGGGUCCCUCUCUUCCAUACGGAUAAGUGGGGCUCUCACCAUUGUUAGGGUUUGUUUCUCUCUGCGUUCUUUGCUGUCCCAAUUAUUUAUUUAUUUUUUCACAUUCACAAUUUUUUUAAUUACGAAAACCCCUAUUCCAAUUCUGAAUUAGUCUCUCUAAUCCUUCGCAGCGCCAGAAAGCUUCAAACCACAGUCAACGUUUCAAAACUCCGCUUCGCUGUUCUUCUCUACCCCUGCAAAACCCACUGAAUGGAAGCGAAUCCCACCCACGACGGGGAUGACACCUCGGAGACGCCACCGCCGCCCAUGGUGGACCCGUCCCCAUCUCCGCCGCCUCAAAUGAAAGAAGAGGUGAUGGACGCGGAGCAAGGCGGUGACACAUCUCUUCCGAUGACCGUUGUUCCGGCGCAUUUGCCGGUGUCGACGGCGGCGGCGAAGAGGCCGUCGAAGGAUCGGCACACGAAGGUGGAGGGUCGUGGCCGGAGAAUCAGGAUGCCGGCGACAUGCGCGGCGAGGAUCUUCCAGCUGACGCGGGAACUGGGACACAAGUCCGACGGGGAAACAAUCCGGUGGUUGCUGGAGCACGCUGAGCCGGCAAUCAUCGAGGCCACCGGCACCGGCACCAUCCCGGCGAUCGCGGUCUCGGUCGGCGGCACCCUCAAGAUUCCGACAUCCUCGGCAGCAAGACCCGAGGGAGAAGUUGACACUCCGAAAAAGCGAAGGAGGAGAGCAUCAAACAGCGAAUUCAUCGACGUGAACGAAAACCAGGUUUCUGUCUCUUCAGGGCUGGCACCAAUCGCGCAAAGCGCGUAUGGAAGUGGUGUUGGUGGUGGACUUGUUCCUCUGUGGCAUGGUAACGCUGCUGCUUCGGGGCCUUUCUUCAUGUUUCCGAACGCUUCAAACCCGCCUCAGUAUUGGGCCAUUCCGGCGACAGCGGCCCCGUUUUUCAACGUCCAGGCCCGGCCCAUUUCGGGGUUCGUUUCCGCCUUGCAGAUGCAGCAUGACAACCACCACUCUUUAAACGGUGCAGCCUCGGAUUCCGUUAACUCUUCUUCCACUGUGGGUUCUACUAUGAGCACGGUGACUGUUACUACCAGUUCUGGCUCUGGUUCUGCUUCUGGUUCUUCCGCUGCUACAACCACUCAAAUGCUCAGGGAUUUCUCUUUGGAAAUUUAUGACAAGAAAGAGCUUCAAUUUUUGGGUCAACCACCACCCUCUUCAAAGCCUUGAACUUGAAUACAAAAUCAAAAUAGUACUAGUAUCUAGUUUUUUUUUUUUUUUCUUUCAAUUUUAGCUUUAGACAUUUUGUUUGUUUUUGCCUUUUUGGUUAAUGGUUAGGAUUUAUUUAUUUAGGGACAAAUUUUAUUAUUUUAAUUGAAGCCUUUUAAGGGUGUUCAUUUUCAUCUUAUUUUUUUUUAAUGGGGUGUUAUUGGGAAAGCACUAGCGGGUGGGGUCUUAUCCGACGCGUGCGUUGGCACGUGGGAAGUGGUGAGAAGGGUUGAGGAAUAUGGAGGAUAGCGUUGUGGUGUGGGAUACUGGGAUGGAUGGAGCAGAGUCUGAUAGGUUCUGCGUCAACGAGAGAGAGAGAGAGAGAGAGAGCUGGGGUCACGUGAGGUUGUGCACGUGCUGUAUGGCGGGCCCAAAAGGAUUGGUGGGGAAAGUGAGGUGGUCCGUGGUUCAAGUUGGGCCACGAGAUUUGGUCAUGUGAUUGUUGGGUUUAGGCACGUGUCCCUAUGAUCUUGUGGGCCCGCUCCUCGGUGUAACCAGCCUGGCCCUCUCUACACGUGUCGAUUCUGGAGGCACUUCGUUUCUGGUCCACGCAUGGACCUGUGUUUAACUCAACGCACUGCGGCUUUCUCAAGGUACCCUUUAAUAUUUCUCUUAAUUGAUAUGUAGAUGAAAAUAACUAUAAAAAA